CAGACGGUAAGACUCCCCUUCAGACCAGAACCAGCACUUCCACUGAGAGAGGACAGCUACAGGAGGGAUACUGGGAACACUGGGAACACUGGGAAUACGAGCACUUCAACCUGCUGCUGAAUCCACAAACUGAACAAGAGUUUGACGAGAACAAAGACUCAAAGUGAAGGUAACUUUCAGGACCGUUACUGAAGGAGGGAGUGGCUGACUGUUUCCUGUCUGAGCGUCUGCUGCUGUGACUUCAGCUUCACUCAGAGACUAAAUGGCUUCCAGAUUAGAGGAAGAUCUCUGCUGUCCUGUCUGCCAGGACAUCUUUAAAGAUCCUGUCAUCCUGUCAUGUUGCCACAGCAUCUGUAAAGGCUGUCUGCAGAGCUGGUGGACAGAGAGAGGAAGUCAGGACUGUCCAGUUUGUAAGAGGAGACAUUCAAAGGACGAACUGCAUCCUAACUUUUUAUUAAAGAGCCUGUGUGAGAGUUUCCUGCAGGAGAGAGAUCAGAGAGCUUCAGAGGCUCUCUGCAGUCUGCACUCUGAGAAACUCAAACUCUUCUGUCUGGACCAUCAGCAGCCAGUGUGUCUCGUCUGCAGAGACUCAGAAAAACACAUCAACCACAGAUUCAGACCCGUCGAUGAAGCUGCACGACAACACAAGAAGGAACUUCAGGAAACUCUGGAGCCCUUAAAAAAGAAGUUAAAGGUUUGUGAACAAGUUAAAGUGAAGUUUGAUCAAACAGCAGAACACAUGAAGGUCCAGGCCCGACACACAGAGAGGCAGAUUAAGGAGCAGUUUAAGAAGCUUCAGCAGUUUCUAGAGGAGGAAGAGGAGGCCAGGAUGGCUGCACUGAGGGAGGAAGAGGAGCAGAAGAGUCAGAUGAUGAAGGAGAAGAUGGAGGCUCUGAGCAGAGAGAUAGCAGCUCUUUCAGACACAGUCAGAGCCACAGAGGAGGAGCUGAGAGCUGAAGACGUCUCAUUCCUGCUCAACUACAAGGCUGCAGUGGAAAGAGUCCAGCAGCGCCCCCUGCUGGAUGAUCCACAGCUGCCCUCAGGAGCUCUGAUAGACCAGGCCAAACACCUGGGCAACCUGACCUUCAACAUCUGGAACAAGAUGAAGGACAUGGUCUCCUACACUCCUCUCAUCCUGGACCCAAACACUGCUGAUCCAAGACUCAUCCUGUCUGAAGAUCUGACCAGUGUGAGACGAGGAGGAGAGAGACAGCAGCUUCCUGACAAUCCAGAGAGGUUUGGUUCCUGCUUUGUCCUGGACUCUGAGUGCUUUAACUCAGGGACUCACAGCUGGGAUGUCGAGGUUGGAAACAGUACAGGCUGGGAACUGGGUGUGUCAACAGAGUCUGUCCAGAGGAAAGGAAACAUACGGUCUGGAUUAUGGGGAAUAAGGUUCAAUAGAGGUAAAUACUCAGCAUGGUCACCCUCAGCUCCAUCCACUGAUCUCAGAGUUCAGAAGAAGCUCCAGAGGAUCAGAGUGAAUCUGGACUGGAACAUAGGAAAGCUGUCGUUCUCUGAUCCUGAUACUAACACACACAUACACACCUUCACACACACUUUCACUGACAGGAUGUUUCCAUAUAUUUACUCAUGGGAUGAACUCCCACUGAAGCUUUUACCAGCGAAGGUCUGUGUGACUGUAGAACAACAGCGAUAA